AUGGUCAAGGCUAUCGCUGUCCUCAAGGGUGACUCUUCCGUCGCCGGUGUCAUCACCUUCACCCAGGAGCAGGAGGGUGGCCCCGUCACCGUCUCGGGCAAGAUCGAGAACCUCGACGCCAACGCCCAGCGUGGCUUCCACAUCCACGAGCUUGGUGACAACUCCAACGGCUGCACCAGCGCCGGCGGCCACUUCAACCCCCACGGCCAGAACCACGGUGGCCCCACCGCUUCGGUCCGCCACGUCGGUGACCUCGGCAACGUUUCGACCGACGCUUCGGGCACUGCCACCAUCUCGAUCUCGGACAAGGAGAUCUCGCUCAUUGGCCCCUACUCGAUCGUUGGCCGCAGCGUCGUUGUCCACGCCGGUGAGGACGACCUUGGCCUCGGUGGCCACGCCGACUCGCUCAAGACUGGUAACGCCGGUGGCCGCGCUGCCUGCGGUGUCAUUGGCAUUGCCGCUUAA